AUGAGUUGUCUUUGUGCUGGUUCUACUGACCAAGGAGAAAUGAAAAUGGCUCCUCCUGAUUAUAGAAUAGAUAUAAAAGAGAAACCAUCUAUUCCUAAGAGCAAAAAUGCCUUAGUAAAUCCAAACACAGUAUUGGAAAUUGAGCCUGACAAUAACUUGAAGAAACAAAUUACAUUUAGACCUAAAGUCGAUAUAAUGUAUGAUGCAGAUAAAUGUGAAGCUAUAUUAGUUUUAGAUAUUCCAGGAUUUAAAAUAGAAGAUAUAGAUGUAGAAAUAGGUGAAGGUAUGUUGACUGUGGCUGGACCAAGAUCCCAAACAGAAUUAUUUGAAACAUAUGGAGAUAGUUUAGUGCUACAUGCGAAGGAAAGAGAAGUUGGAUAUUUUAAAAGAAUAUUUAAAUUACCAAAUAAUAUACUAGACGAUACUGCAAAGGCGACAUAUAAAAAUGGUAUUUUGGAAAUAAAAAUGGAGUGCAAACAAUUUUCUGAUAUGCACAAGGUUACAAUUAAUCAAGGUUAA